AGUGAAAUAGAAUUUUAUAUAUAUAAAAGGGAUAACAUAUAUACUCCAAACAUAAGAAGCCUUCAAACCAACAAAACUACACAAGGCUAAAUUAAGAAACACUCUUCAUUUUUUUCCAAUUUAAAAUAUGCACACUGGAAGCCCAAAAUUAGUCCAAGCUCAAACAGAAGAUUCUGAAUUAUAUAAGAACUUGCUUGCAUUGUUGAGUCUUGAUAAGAAUAAGUUGCAAUAAAUAUCUCUCACUGCCGGUCCCAUCCAAAUGAGAAACAUACGACGUGUCAUGUAGUUGGUGUGGGUCAUCCCUAUCCAUCCGAUUACCAAAUUAAUCAAUAAAUAAAUAAACAACGUAGAAAGUUUGCUUUUCUAAGAGAGGCUAGUGCGAGUGCCAUAGUCAAUAAGCGGUGUUAGUAAUUUGGUAAAAUUAUAAAUUUGAUAUUUUUAUUUGUGUUAGAAUUAUAAAUUUGUUUAUUAUAUAAUUUAAUUCAUGAAGUUAGUUUCUCAUUUUUUUUAUCAUGUUAUUAUUUUAGUUUUUAAUUCUAAAAUUAGAUAUUAAUGGCCUAUCACAUUUUUUACUGAAUAUGUAUCCUCACGUGUUAUAUUUUUAUUAAAUAUUAAUUUCGUGAAGCGUGACAGGUCAAGAAAACAUUAACUAUUAGCGUUUAAUUUCAAAAUUAAAGACUCAACUAAGGAGUUCAAUUUCAGGAUUUGGAACUGAACCAACAGGAUGAAAAAAAAAUUGAAGAAUUAAAUUAUAAAGAUAUCAAAAUUGAAUUUUAAGAUAAAUAAUAGAAUCAAAUUUGCAAUUUUGGUUGGAAAUUUUGCUACAUCCAUCGUUUUCUCGCUUUGCUACUUGAGCUGAGCCACUAUCUUCGCGCCCCAUUCAUCGGAAACUCCAUUCUUCUCUUUGUCUCUCUAUUUUCCGUUCCGUUUACCGAUGCCCCUUCUCGAUCGCGGUGAUGUUUGGAAGAGCAAGGCGCGAUCCUUGCAGCUACAGUUCCGGGACCGUUUCCGGGUCGCCGUCGACCACCAUUGGCGCCGCCGACACCACCACACCUUUAUCCCCUCUGCCGAUGGCUACUUCUCCUCCACCAUUCAACGCUGCCUCAGCCGAUUUCGUGAUUUCCGAAGGGAUUCAUUGCCUUCUUCCACCUCUUUCUAUCGUAAACGAGUGAUUAAGGAUUUCAGUUCUGAGGAAGAUUCAGCUCUUGUUCGUACGAUGCAAGCUGUUGCGGUUCCUGUUCUUGGAAAUGUCUGUCACGUGUUUAUGAACGGAUUAAACCAGGUGCAGGUGUAUGGUUUAGAAAAACUGCACUCCGCGUUGCUGCAUAGACCUAAGGGCAAACCUCUUCUUACGGUCAGCAAUCAUGUUGCUUCCAUGGAUGAUCCGCUUGUUAUCGCUUCGCUGCUUCCUCCGAGUGUUCUCUUGGAUGCUAGGAAUCUCAGAUGGACUCUUUGUGCCACUGAUAGGUGUUUUAAAAACCCCGUGACUUCUGCAUUCUUUCGAUCAGUCAAGGUCUUGCCAGUUUCUCGGGGUGACGGGAUUUAUCAGGAGGGAAUGGACUUGGCCCUUUCAAAAUUGAACCAUGGUGGUUGGGUCCACAUAUUCCCAGAAGGUAGUCGCUCCCGGGAUGGUGGAAAAACAAUGGGCUCUUCCAAGAGAGGUGUUGGGAGGUUAGUCCUGGAUGGAGAUAGCAUGCCCCUUGUUGUCCCAUUUGUACAUACAGGGAUGCAGGAGAUUAUGCCUGUAGGUGCUAACUUUCCCAGAAUAGGCAAGAUGGUUACAGUGCUCAUUGGUGAUCCGAUAAAUUUUGACGAUAUACUUGAAUUUGACAUGGAGAAGGGCUCGAAUGUGCCCAGAAGACGACUAUUUGAUGCAGUAGCAUCUAGAAUUGGUGAUAGGUUGCAUGAGAUGAAGGUCCAGGUUGACACUAUCGCCAUUGAACAAGAAAUGCAGCUACAAGAUAACUCCUCACACAGCACUGACCGAACAUCUGAAAUAUUGCAGCAGGUUGAUUGGGAAUUAUUUGGAAUGGAUAGCUUCAUGUCUGUAGAAGAUGAUUCCAAGCAGAGACAAGAAACAGUUCUCCUCCGAAAUGUUAGUGUUUCUCAGCAUCAUCAAAAAUCUCAUAGUGAUCAGAGUUGGAGAGCUGGGUUCUCAUACAGGAUGCGUGAUUAUAUUGAUCAGAUGGAGCUUGUGUCUUUUGCUGCGAGAGGUAUAUUUAUGAAUAAUGAAACGAAGAACUCUGCUGGCCGUAGCAGAGAGAUGGGCCCCUUAAAGGCAUGGAAGCAGUUUUUGGAAGCUAAUCUAUUAAGGCAGUGGAAUUACGUCCAUUACUGAAAAAUAUAGUUCCUAUAGAGGUUGUAAAUUCAAAUCUUCGGUUUUCGAUUAAAAUAAUUCAGUUUUUUGUUAGAAAAACAGUUAAACGCAGUAGAAUUCCCGAGAAUUUGUAACUCUAAUAGCUAACUUUUUCGAUUAGUUUGAUUAAGUUGCAGGGUGGAAUUAUAUUGUGGCACGCGGUCCUGAAGAUAGAACUGUAAAAGUCCAUUCGUUGUCUUUUCUAUUUGAAAAAACUAUGGAAGGCACCUAGGAGGAGGACAGAAAUAAAAUUCAUGUAAUAUAUACAUAGUUAUUUACCAAUGUAUACUCUUAUUUUUUAGAGAAUAUAUUUAGUAAGUUGUAUUUUUCA